GAAAUGGUGUUUCCUCACGUGCGUGUGUCAACUCGCAAACAACAACCUCUUCGUGCUUGCUUCUGUCCCCCACCCGGCAACUUUUAUUAGGUAAAAAUUCCCGAAAUGACGGCUGAAAAAUGUUUGACCAAGAAGAAUCCACAUGACGACCUUUAAUUGACGUGGUUUUUUUUUUUUUUAAAUAUUAUGAAUGUGCUGAGUGCCGUCGCGUUGUGCGUGUCCGCCGCUCGUCCACUGCUCCUCGCCCGGCGUCGUUGUCCUCUUCUCCGGCCUGCCUGGCAGCUGCGUCGCUCCAUGACCGACAGCAACACGAUGGACGACAAGUUGGAGAAGAAGAAGAAACCAGCCAAACAGCAAGUGAAGCCGCUGCUGCGGAGGCUGAAAGGCAAAGAGAGCCGCAGCAAACGCAGCGACGUGCACGGCCCCGCCACUGUGUAUGUCCAGGUCGUCGGCGCCGGAAGUCGGGACAACGCCGCCUCGCUUUACGUCUUCUCCGAGUACAACAGGUACUUGUUCAACUGUGGGGAAGGAACACAGAGACUCAUGCACGAACACAAGCUGCGAGCGUCCCGACUGGACAACAUCUUCUUGACCAGAAUGAGCUGGGAGAACGUUGGCGGUCUUUCCGGGAUGAUCCUCACCUUGAAGGACACCGGAGUGCCGGACUGCGUCCUUUCAGGACCUCCUCAGCUGGCGAGCUACGUGAAAGCCAUCAAAACGUUCUCUGGCCCACUGGACAGCAUCAAACUUUCUGUUCGCCCAUACACUGACCAGACGUUCACGGACGACACCAUGACCGUUGUGCAAGUUCCCCUCUUUGCUUCACCAGGAAAUUGCCACGUGGACUCUCCAAGAAGUAGACGUUCCCAAAGUCCCACCUCACCGAGGAGAGACGGCGAUCACCCGGAUGAUGCCAAAGACCAACCAGGAGACAAAAGAAAUGUAACGAGAGACGCAUCACUGGUAGUCGCAUUCAUAUGCAAACUUCAUCCCAAGAAAGGAAACUUCUUAGUGGCUGAGGCCAAGGAACUUGGACUUCCUGUUGGCACGGCGGCGAUCGGCCCGCUUAUCGCUGCUCUGAAGUGCGGGAAAAGCAUCAUAUAUGACGGGAAAGAGAUCCGACCGGAGCAGGUGUGCACGCCCACCGAUCCGGGACCGGUGUUCGUCAUCGUGGAGUGUCCGUCCGAGGAGUUCGUCACGCCUCUUUGCGACAGUCAGCACAUUUCAAGAUAUCACAGCGGGGGGGCGGAGAAUGCUCCUGCCCUGGUUGUGCAUAUAACUCCGGAGGAGCUGCUGAAAACCGAUCGGUACCGAGACUGGAUGAAAAGGUUCCCAGCCAGCACCGAGCACCUGAUCCUCAAUGAGCACGCUGGCUCCGCCCACAACGUCCGCAGCCACAGGCUCCAAGCACAGCUCAACCUGAUCCACCCCGACGUCUUCCCGAACCUCCAGUCCUAUAUGCCAAACGAUCCUCAGGCGUGUUUGGACGCGUCCAUGGUGAGAGCCGAGUGUCUGCUCAAAUUUCAGCUGCGACCAGUCAUCGAGUGGCAAAGAGAUGCCGUCCCCCCCUGCAUCCAUGAGGAGUUUGUCAAAGAGGCAUUCGACGUACCCAACUUCUUGCAGGAAGUGGGCCAAUGUCAGCUGCUACGUUCAAGCAAUACCGCAGCGCCUCCUGGUGGUGCACGACAAACGGAGUAUCCCGAGUUCGUUUUCCUUGGAACUGGAUCGGCUUUGCCCAUGAAGAUCCGAAACGUCAGUAGCACCUUAGUCAACAUCAGCGCGGGCCGUUCGCUGCUUUUGGACUGCGGCGAGGGGACCUUCGGGCAGCUGUGCAGACACUACGGCGACGACGUGGACGGGGUCCUGUCCAACAUCUCAGCUGUGUUUGUGUCACACAUGCACGCCGACCAUCACACGGGUCUGGUCAAGCUGCUGUACCAAAGACAACGCGCCCUGGCGACUUUAAGGAAAGCCUGGAGUCCCGUGUUCCUUCUGGCCCCGUGGGACCUGAUGAGCUGGCUGCAGCAAUAUCACGACGGCUGCGAGGAGAUCCUCCAUCACGUCAACUUCAUCCCAAACGACGUUCUGCGCCACAAAGCCGAAGCUCCCAAGCCGAGGACGCAGGCGUUUAUCCGAGCACUAUUGAAGAACAACGCCUUGGAGAAGUUCCAGACAUGCAUGGUGCGUCACUGUAAGAACGCCUUCGCCUGCAGCUUGACUCACACGUCAGGCUGGAAGGUGGUCUUCUCCGGAGACACGAUGCCCUGUGAUGCCUUGGUGCACAUGGGGAAGAAAGCCACCCUGCUGAUCCACGAGGCCACGUUGGAGGACGGCUUGGAGGAGGAAGCGAUGGACAAACGGCACAGCACGACUUCGCAAGCAAUUGACGUGGGCAUGAGGAUGCAGGCAGAGUUCGUCAUGCUGAAUCACUUCAGCCAGCGCUACGCCAAGGUCCCGCUCUUCAGCGAGGACUUCACCGACCGUGUCGGCAUCUCCUUUGACCACAUGCGGGUUUGUCUGAGGGACUUGAAGGUCCUCCCGGGUCUUAUUCCAGCACUGAAGACGCUCUUCGCCGUGGAGCUGGAGGAGAUGGAGGAGAGACGAGAGCGACGGGAGCUCAAGCAGCAGAAAUGGGCGACCACCUCCGACGGCAACGCCGAGCUGAUGGAUGGCGACACCAGCCGAGGCGCCAAACGGGACCAAGCGGACGACUCCUCGGCCCUCCACACCAAGAGACUGAAGAGCAGCUGAUGACAUUCAGUCAACAUGUCCACGUUUAGAAAUGAACUUUGACUUACAGUGAACCCUCGCAAUUUGUGGUGGCAAGGGACCGAGCCCUGCCGCCGAAAAGCAAGUGAUGUCCCUCCUAAAAACGUUAAUUGCCAAUAACGUUUGAUGAUGAAUGAAUGAAACUCCUUAACUCGCCUCAUAGUUCCUUGGUACCAAAAUGGCGGCAAAGCACUAUUUUUGAGACUUCUGAACUCAUGUCAUCAUAGUUCCUUCACACCAAGUAGCUAGAAGAUGGCGGAAAAGCAUGAAAUUUUUUUUUCUAAAUUCUCAACUCACGUCAACACAACCUUGAUACAAAAACGCCUCUAAGAUGGCGCCAAAGCAUGACUUUUGUCAAAAUGGAACUCCUCAACUCACUUCUAUUCAGUUCAUUGACACCAACAGCUUUUGUCUUGGUGAAACUCAACUCAUUUAAACAUUCGUUCCUUGACAGCAAGAGGGCGCCAAAGCACAAUCUUUGUUCAAAUGAGACUCAACUUUGUAGUUUGUUGACACCAAGAAGCCACAAGAUGGCGCCAAAGCAUGAUUUUGUCUACUAAACUCACUUAAACGUUUGCUCCCUUGACCCGAAGAUGGCGCCAAAGUAGUGCUUUCAUUUCUUAGGACCGAGCACAAAAACGGUGAAUAGGUGAUCUUUAACAGAGGAUGGGUCCCCUCAAAAUUGUGCGAAUAGGAGAAUGGGGAAAAUACCGUACCGCAAAUGUGUGAGGUUCAUUGUAUUUCAUCCAUACUGAAAACCUUGUUUUUUUUUUUUUUUUUUUUUAUCUGAAUGCAGUGUUUUUGUUUGCUUUUCUUAAACCCUUACCUUCAAGCUUCCCAAAUGUUUUUUUUUUUUUAAUCUUUGAAUGAGUGAAGUUUUCUUAGAGGUUAUUUGUGUUGAAUGGUUUUACCUUGUUUCAUGGGAACAACCGGGAAAACUAAAAUAGCAAUGACUUAACAUGACAUUUUUCAGUCUUUGCGGUCCUGUAAUUGUACACGUCCAUAUUCUUUCAGGUGAAUUUGAAAUGAGAAAUUUCAAGUUCCAGGAAAUAAUUAUGAGCAGUUUCCUGCGUGUCAGUUACUCAUUUAGUUUGUCUGGUGACUACUUCAAUACUCUUAAAUAGGUUCACUUCUUUUAGAUACCUGGGUCCAAAUUGACUCAAAACAACACCCAUGCAACAACAAUGUGCACAGGACAGACUGAAAUGCAUCCUCAUGUUAAUUUUCUGUUCUUUCAGUUUAUCCAUUUGUCUACAUUAAAUUAGGCAAAACAUUGACUGGGCUCAAGUUGAUCCCAAAGAUAAUAGGCGGUUGAAAUCAACGUAAGCAGCGUCACACAGUCUGGCUGUAACUAAAACACAAAUAGUGUGUUUAGUUCUGUGCUUGUCACCCAUGAAUGCAAAUCACACGAAGAGUGAAUAGCAAAGUGCACUGAAUGCUUUCAAGUCAUCAUUCAAUUUCCAAACAAUCAUGUAAAUGAAUGUAU